AUGACUCGGGAUAAUGCCGUCGCCAGCAUCAAGCUGGCAAGGGCGACUUCUCUCGACAGCUCGUCAAUGAAAUCUGUCGCCAUCAUGACCAUGGCCUUCUUGCCAGCCACAUUCUUCGCCACUCUCUUUGCAUUUCCAUCGCUAAAUUGGAAUGCCAAGCCUGUAGUGCAAGAUACUUUCUGGGCGUACUGGGCGUUUACGCUCCCAUGCACUGCAUUGGUGUUCCUUCUUUGGGCAUUUCUCACGCAAAGAAAAGAAUUAGGAUAUCUCUUUGCUUGGAUCAGGAGGCAAAUCAAGGCGCCUAAAGUUGAUGAACAAGUUGCAGAGACGGUGUGCACCUUGGAUGAAACCUUUACCGAAAUCCCUUCAAGAACUUCAGGGUCCUUUCCAGAGGAUGAUGUUCUUAAGGAGUCGACAUCUCGAAACCUACCGACAGGGCAGGUCUAGG